AUGACGCAGUCCAACGGCAACACCUUCAGCGCAGAGAAGGCCCAGCAGUUUGCCGAGGUCUUCCCCGAUGCACUCAAGUCUCUAAAGGAGGCAGAUCCCGAGGUUGCUGCCCUGAUCGAGGACGAGAAGCGUCGCCAAUGGAGCGGGAUCGAGUUGAUCGCCUCGGAGAACUUCACCAGCGCCCCCGUGCUGGAGGCCCUGGGCUCCGCCCUGACCAACAAGUACAGCGAGGGCCUGCCCGGCGCUCGCUACUACGGCGGCAACGAGGUAAUCGACAAGGUGGAGGUCCUCUGUCAGCAGCGCGCGCUGGCGGCCUUCGGCCUGGACCCCGCGGCCUGGGGCGUGAACGUGCAGCCCUACUCCGGCUCCCCCGCCAACUUUGCGGUGUACACCGCCCUGCUCCAGCCCCACGACCGCAUCAUGGGCCUGGACCUGCCCUCGGGGGGACACCUGACCCACGGCUACUACACCGCGGGCGGAAAGAAGAUCUCCGCUACCUCCAUCUUCUUCGAGUCACUGCCUUACAAGCUGAACGUCCAGACUGGGUACAUCGACUACGACAAGCUGGAGGAAAAGGCCACCGACUACCGUCCUAAGCUCAUCAUCUCCGGCGGGUCGGCCUACCCGCGGGAGUGGGACUACGCCCGGCUGCGUGCCAUCGCCGACAAGGUGGGCGCGUUGCUCAUGGUGGACAUGGCCCACAUCUCGGGCCUGGUGGCGGCCGGCGAGGCGGCCAGCCCCUUUGAGCUCGCCGACAUCGUGACCACCACCACCCACAAGAGCCUGCGCGGCCCGCGCGCCGGCAUGAUCUUCUUCCGUAGGGGCCCCAAGCCGGAGUCGGCGCUGAAGCGCGGCGAGGCGCCUGGCAGCGUCAGCUACGAUUUCGAGGACCGCAUCAACUUUGCGGUGUUCCCCUCCCUCCAGGGCGGGCCCCACAACCACCAGAUCGGCGCGCUGGCGGUGGCGCUGCGCGCCGCGGCCUCCCCCGCCUUCAAGCUCUACGCGCGCGCAGUGGUGGCCAACUCCCGCGCGCUGGCGGGGGAGCUGGUGCGGCGCGGGUACACGCUGGCCACGGGUGGCACCGACAACCACCUGGUGCUGUGGGACCUGCGCCCCGAGGGCCUCACCGGGUCCAAGGUGGAGGCCGCCGCCGACCGCUGCCACAUCACGCUGAACAAGAACGCGGUGGUGGGGGACGCCAGCGCGCUGGCACCUGGGGGCGUGCGCCUGGGCUCCCCCGCCAUGACCAGCCGCGGGCUGGGCGAGGCCGACUUCCGCGCCAUCGCCGGGUUCCUGGACGAGGUGGUGGCGGAGUGCAAGGCCGUCCAGGCCGCCCACGGCAAGCAGCUGGCCGCCUUCUCCAAGGGCCUGGACGCCAGCGAGAAGCUGGCCGACAUCCGGGCCAGGGUGCAGGCCUGGGCGGCCACCUUCCCCAUGCCCGGCUUCGACGCCGCGCUGCUGGAUGCCUGA